AUGAGUCCUUUUGCCCCCUUCUUCUCUUCCCUCCCGGCGUCCCCCACGCCCACCAUGGCCCACAGACACGGCCCCCGACAGCUCGACCGCGAUGUCCGCAUGCACGACCCCCAGCCCCCCGUCCCCCAUCCCCACCACAUCCAGCACCCUCCUCACCCCGCCCACCUCAAUGGCGCGUCCGCUAUCCCCAGCACACCGAGCGGCCUCUCCAACGGCUCCGCCCAUGCCACCAUCUCCCCCGCCGUCGCCACCGCAGUGCCCAACGGCGCGGGCCCGUCGGGGUCCAUUAUCCACAAGCUGAACACAGCCAACGAGCAGACGUGGCUGCUAAUAGGACGGGUAGCCGAGCAAAUGGGAGAUCUCGAACAUGCGCUUUCCGCAUAUGAGAACGCCCUGCGGCACAACCCGAUGUCGGUGUCUGGGCUUACACAGGUUGCGGGAAUCGCUCGGAUCAAAGAGAAUUAUCCCAAGGCAGUUGAUUUCUUCCAGCGCGUCCUGCAGAUCGAGGAGGACAACGGCGAGAUUUGGAGUGCCCUCGGUCAUUGCUAUCUCAUGCAGGACGACCUCCAGAAGGCCUACUCAGCCUACCAGCAGGCCCUCUAUCUCCUCCCAAACCCAAAGGAGGACCCUAAACUCUGGUAUGGCAUCGGUAUCCUCUACGACCGAUACGGCUCCCUCGACCAUGCCGAAGAGGCCUUCUCAUCCGUGCUCCGUAUGUGUAAAGACCUAGAUUUCGACAAGGAGAACGAGAUCCUCUUCCGCCUCGGCAUCAUCUACAAGCAGCAGGGCAAGUUCGACGACUCCCUCACCUGCUUCGAUCGCAUCCUCCGCAAUCCACCAAGUCCUCUCGCCCAUGCCGAUAUCUGGUUCCAGAUCGGCCACGUUUUCGAACAACAGAAGAACCAUGCACGCGCUAAGGAUGCCUACGAACGUGUCGUCGACGCCAAUCCUGGUCAUGCCAAGGUGCUCCAACAACUUGGCUGGCUCUAUCACCAAGACGGCUCUGGUUUCCAAAACCAGGACCUUGCUAUCCAAUAUUUGACCAAGUCACUUGAAGCCGAUCCAUCAGACGCCCAGAGUUGGUAUCUGCUUGGUCGGGCGUACAUGGCAGGCCAAAAAUACAACAAGGCAUACGAGGCGUAUCAACAGGCCGUCUACCGCGACGGGCGCAAUCCCACCUUCUGGUGCUCAAUUGGCGUCCUUUACUUCCAGAUCAAUCAGUUCCGUGACGCCCUCGAUGCUUACUCGCGGGCUAUCCGCAUUAACCCAUACAUCUCUGAAGUAUGGUUCGAUCUUGGCAGCCUCUAUGAAAGUUGCAACAACCAAAUCACCGACGCCAUCGACGCCUAUGCCCGUGCAAGCGAACUCGACCCGAGUAACGUUGCGAUCGCUCAGCGCCUCCAAUUGUUGAAGAAUGCGCAAGCGACGGGCGGCCAACUUCCAGCUGCACCAGGUCCGCAAGAUGUUCAUCCUACGGCCUACGCAAGCGCCGUCGUGCCGCCUCCUGGCCUCACAGGGCCGCCUUUGAUGUUGCAGUCGACAAGUCACCGUCCGUCAUUCCGAUCCGACUCGCGUGGCCCCGCGAAUGAAAUCUCUUUGCCCCCUCCUUCCCAAGUCAACCCAGGUCGUUCGUCGCCCCCGCCUCCAUUCAGAGGAGGACCACCACCUCCCGUUAUUCUUGAUGAGACGAGACACAUGCCGUCGCACACUCCGUUGGCGCCAAUGGAUGUCGACCGACCCCCUCAUCAUGCAGCUCGCGACUACCCGCCAUCCAGGGAGCCCAACCGAGGACCAGUGGGUCAGAGCUUGUUGCUUCAACAUCCCUUGCCGCCUCAAGGCCCCUCGGAUGACCCGAGGAAUGGCGUCCACUCUCAUCAUCAAGACCCCUACUUCAAUCGCCCUCGCCCACAGUCGCGCUCGGUAUCUCCUGCGCCUCAUAGCGGCCGCCCUCGUUCUUCGUCGUCUUUCCAGGGGUACCCAGGUCGUCAGGCCAUUGGUCCUGCUCAACCUAGUGCUGCGCCACCACAACGCUCGCCUCGUUAUCACCAUCGCGAACCGAGUCAUCCUGAGCAGGAACCCGGCUGGGAUCGUCGUGCACCUCCCGCUGGUGAUCAUCGCGACUGGGAACGCGACCACGAUCGUCGACCUCGUGAAUAUAUCCCGCAUUCGACCCCGCAAGCCAACUUCUAUCCGCCACGAUCCCCUCGCGCCCACAGUCCUCCAGAACCUUCACCUCGCAAUGUUCAUACCACUCGGUAUUGGGAUAACAAGCCGACGACGACCACUGGCCCUUCCGGACAUCCUGGCUUCCGCCCCUCAUCGCCGCCUCAGCAGACCGUCCUUCUCGACCAACCCAGUCGACGAUAUGACCCCCGUCAUGACGCGCGCGAUACUCGUGAUUACGAGCAAGAGCGCCCUGAGACGAGGAGCUAUCCGGUCUCGCCUGAAGGCUUGCGGGCCCGCAAUAACGCGCCUCAUCUUAUGGCGAGCACGAGCCGUCGUUCGGAGAGCCCUCACACCACUCCCAUGCUUGCUGGCGAUCCAAAACGUCGUCGCGACAAGCGCGCCGACAUCCAACCCCCUCCUCCACCAUCACAGCAGCAGCAGCAGCAACAGCUACAACAGCAGCAGACACCUCACUUCCAACAACAGCAAAUUGCGCCCCAGUUCCCUCCCCCUCCAGUCUCGACACCCUCAAUGCAAGAGGCGCCGAAAAAGGAGCGCCGUAAGAGGCUUAACAACAAUGGUGGGAAGCGAAAGGACGACAGUGACCGCAGCUCUUCGAGUAUGCACAACACUUUCAAGCCCAUGCACCGCUACUCGAAGGGCCCGGCGUCGCCAGAGAACAGCUCAAACUCGGGCUCUUCUCGAUCGAUUCAACCCUCGCCAACGAGCGCGACGCCUCGCCCUCCCUCGAGGGUCGUCGAUGAGGAUUAUGACGAAGGUGUCGCUGAUGCGUUGAUGGGUCUCGCGAGCUAUCGUGCACCAGAAAACCCGCAAUCGUCGGACCCACCUUCUCGUUCGCCUGGCCACGGCCGUCACGCGAUCCCUUCUCCUCGACCUCAAGCAUCGCAUCGUAACUCCAUCUCCUCCAAUCAUGCGUCGCCCCCUACUCAGACCGCUCCUCUCAAGCGAGCAUUGAGCCCCGGCCCUGACGACGCGGACAACAACAAACGCUCGAGGAUGGACUUGAUGAAGAGGCGGAUCUCGUCGCCAUCUGGUGGUCGUCGCACCCCCGUGCCUUCUACGCGUCCUUCGCCUAUUCCUUUCCGCACCCAGCCCGCAUCUCAGCCCGCAUCUCACUCGCCUGAAGCUCGUGACCAAUUCCCUCCCAGUCCGAGCUUGCCUGCAGUCCUCCCCCCUCAUCCUCGUCCGAUCGGUGCUGGCCACGCUCAGUCGCAUGCUAGCGGUUCCACUAACGCGAUCGCCCUUCCUCCGAUUGCAACGCUCUCACCCUCGCCGUCCGCUCCGUCUCCCACGAACCACAACGAGAGGGACGACAAGAUGCACGUCGACAAUCGAUCGAUCUCACCGCCAUCGCGGGGCAAACUGUCGGAGGUGGUUCAUGGAUCGUCGAGGUCACCUACUGCAAAGCAAUUGUCGCCGCCGUCGGAGAAGAAGGAAGCCUCUGCGUGA